UCCCCUGAUUGUCCCCUCCCUGUGUCCCCAGAACAUGCUGAAGCUGCUGGUGUGCGGCUCGGGCGCGUCUCGCACGGGGGUGCUGAUCCCGAUCCCGCAGUACCCGCUGUACUCGGCGGCGCUGUCCCCUCGCUGUCCCCUCACUGUCCUCUCACUGUCCCCCAUCCCACCCCCUCGCUGUCCCCUGAUUGUCCCCUCCCUGUGUCCCCAGAACAUGCUGAAGCUGCUGGUGUGCGGCUCGGGCGCGUCUCGCACGGGGGUGCUGAUCCCGAUCCCGCAGUACCCGCUGUACUCGGCGGCGCUGGCCGAGCUGGACGCGGCGCAGGUGAAUUAUUACCUGGCCGAGGAGCGCUGCUGGGCGCUGGACGUGGCCGAGCUGCGGCGGGCGCUGGCCGAGGGCCGCCGGCGCUGCAACCCCCGCGCGCUCUGCAUCAUCAACCCCGGCAACCCCACCGGCCAGGUGCAGAGCCGGGAGUGCAUCGAGCAGGUCAUCAGGUUCGCCUACGAGGAGAAGCUCUUCCUCCUGGCUGACGAGGUGUACCAGGACAACAUCUACGCCGAGGGCUCGUCCUUCCACUCCUUCAAGAAGGUCCUGGUGGAGCUGGGGCCGCCCUACUCGGACUCGGUGGAGCUGGCCUCCUUCCACUCCGUCUCCAAGGGCUUCAUGGGAGAGUGCGGGCUGCGGGGCGGCUACAUGGAGGUGGUGAACCUGCACCCCGAGGUGAAGGCGCAGCUCUCGAAGCUGGUGUCCGUCCGUCUGUGCCCGCCCGUGCCCGGACAGAUGGUCCUGGACACCAUCAUGGACCCGCCCAAGCCCGGAGAGCCGUCCUACGAGCGCUUCCAGGCGGAGAAGGAGGCGGUGCUGAGCGCGCUGGCGGAGAAGGCGCGGCUGACGGAGGAGAUCUUCAACCGCACGCCCGGCAUCCACUGCAACCCCGUGCAGGGCGCCAUGUACUCCUUCCCCCGCAUCGACCUGCCCGCCCGCGCCGUGGCCGCCGCCAAGGUCCGGGAACGCCGCCGGGAUGGGCAGCUGGGACCCCAGCUGGGAGAUGAGAAGAACCAGAGCCCGGACAUGUUCUUCUGCAUGAGGCUCCUGGAGGAAACCGGGAUCUGCGUCGUCCCCGGGAGCGGCUUCGGACAGAAGGAAGGCACCUACCACUUCCG